UGUGUUAUUUCCUGUUAAAUUGCUAAAUAUUCUGAAUGAAAGAUUUUGAAUUUGUGACUGCUGUAGGUCCUUGUUGCACUCUGUCAUGCCUUGAUGUCUUCCGAUGCAAUUGAUAACUUUAUUGAAGCCAGAUAUGAGGAAUACCUUGGAUUGAGACGACAAAAGCUGAAGGAAGAGCAAGAAAUAAGAAUAAAGAAAAAAGAAGAAAAGGAGAAAGAGAAAAAUGAACGGAUAGAAAAAGAGAAAAAUGAGCAAGAAAAGAAAAUGUCUACMGGAAACAAUUCAGAAGCAACCAACAUGGCUGCAAAACCAUCCGAAGAAAGCAAUAGUCCACAAAACAAUAUCAUUGAUGUCCUCCUGAAGGACGAGAAAUCCAGCGGAGAAAAGAACGAAGAGAUGAAUAAUGUGGGAAAUCUCACUAAAGAUGAGCCUAGUGAAUUAGCCAAGACAAUCAAGAACAGAAGAUUGCAAGUAGAAUUGAAAAAGCAAGAAAUGGAGAAAAAAGAAAAAGAACAAAGAGAGAGACGUUUAAAAGAAGAGGAGGAAUUCCGCAGAGAGCAAGUCAGACAGGAACAUGAGGAUAGUAUAACAAAGUUUAAAGCUUCCCURCGCAUGGUACCAUUGGGAUAUGAUCGCUACCACCGUCGCUAUUGGCUCUUCAAUGGUAUAAGUGGACUCUUUGUAGAAGAUGGCUGGAUGUCRUUUACAUCAUGGAGACCAGAGACACCUUCGCCAGAUGAAGAAGAUGAUGAUAAUGAUGACACAGGAAAGGAAGCUAUCUCCGUAGAUGAAGACAGUGCAGCAAACAAGGUUCAAGAUGAUGGUGGAAGUGAAGUUAUUACAAUAGAUGAAAGUAUGAGAGAUGUAGAGGUGGUUACUAAAGAAAAAGAAGAAAAUGGCAGUGAAGAUGUCGUUAUCCUCAAAGAAAUUGAAGACAACAGACAAGACACCAAAACUGAUGAUUCAGUGGAUAAAAGUCUAAGAGAUGUGCCAUAUACUUGGUAUUACUAUGAUGAAUUAGAAGACAUCAAAGCCUUGAUGGAAGGGUUUACAGCCAGAGGAAUCAGAGAAAGUGUUUUGCUUCAAGUUCUUGAAGGAGAGAAAUCAAAUAUUGAGAAGAACUUGAAAUCAAAGAGGUAUGAUUUGUUUAUCAUUCAUAACCUCAACCAAUAA